CGAGCCUCUCUUUCCAUUUUUUCCCAAUACGUCGUCCUGCCAGUAACGUUUUACAUGGCUGAUUUUCCAGAGAAGGGAAGAAAGCGUCGCAAAGAGGUAAGAGUUGGUAAUGAAGAAAACAUGGAGAAGAUAAUGCACAGAGAAGUUGAGAAACAUAGGAGACAAGAGAUGGCUUCUCUUUACGCGUCUCUUCGCUCUCUUCUCCCUCUUGAGUUCAUCCAGGGAAGACGUUCUACGUCAGAUCAGUUAAAUGAGGCUGUAAAUUACAUAAAUCAUCUUCAGGGGAACAUCAAGGAUAUGAGUUCCAAGAGAGAUGACCUCAUGUUAUUGUCUGGACAAAGCUUUGAGAGUAGAAAUGAACUUAGGAGUGAUAAUUCGAAUCAUGUCGUGAUUCGUCCAUGUUUUGUCGGCGUAGAAAUCGUUUUCAGCGUUCUGCAAACGCCGUUGUCAAGCGUGCUGCAUGUGCUUUCUGAACAUGGUCUCUGUGUUCUUAACUGCAUCUCCUCCAAUGUGAAUGGAAGACUCAUUCACACUUUACAGGCUGAGGUCAACGAUCUGGCUUUGGUGGACUUUGCAGAGCUUAAGAUAUACUUACUACGCUUACCCUAAUGAAGUAAACUUUCCUUAGCGAAUUGUUUUAACUCUUGUCAAACCCAAAACGCUGUAUAUAGCUAGUUUCUUUGUACUUGUACUGUGUAUUUGUAUGUAUCUGUGUGUUUGCAGAUUUUGAAAUAGGGAAAUAAAUGUAUUUACCUAUUUAAAAAGAUCUACGAACACAAAGAUAUCUUGUUGAAAACUAAGAAAUAUCGGGAGAACACCAUAUGUCAACCUUGUUCUUGUACUUUUGACGGGGAAAUGAUUUAUCUGGCAGUGGCAAAGAAAUACAUUUUUUCCUAUUGACAAAUUCUUCAGGAAAGAGAAUCAGAGACGAUCAGAAUGCAAUCCAGACUCGAAAGAUUUUAAAUGUGGAAGUUCAAGACCUCCAAGGUGUUACUAAAGAACUCCCAAUUAAUGUUAAUAUUAUAAAACUUUUACAAGAUCAAUCAUAAGACAUUAUCCUCAAGUAGUAUUUCUAUUUCCCUCUUUAUGAAUAUUCGAGACCUAUUCGGAAACUUCAUUAGAGAACAUUUUUACAGAGUAGUCUCCUUUUUAUAAACUCAACUUGAUCUAUUUAAACAACCCGUUCCACUUAGCGUGGAAUAACAAGAUAAGUCUUCAGUAACUACCAAAUAUAUUACCUGCACCUGCAGUAUGCCAGACGAGUUAAAUGGAACGGGUUAUUCAGUGUUGAAAUUUCUAAACAUAUAUACUAAAUUUUGAAAAUCAUUUUGCUGGCCAUCAGCUUCAGAUACAUGGCCAAACAUAGCAUGUGCAGAAAGAUCAUUCUCUAUCCAUUAGUUAACCACUGUUGUCGACCACUUUCUUCGCCAUUAGCUUCAAUUAUAUGAUCCAACUAAUACAAAAAGUCAUCAUCUAUCCAUUAUUUUAUCUUUAUUAUCACUCGUUCUUGAUAUAAUUAUACUCAACUCUUGCAAUCUUUUUGUUGACAUGUGACAGUAUUUACCAACUCAUCGUGUAUUAAAUAUUACACAACAAUUUUCUGUCGCACAAUCUGUUGUAAUUAAAGUUCAAACCCACUCCAUCUCGACGUGUGGAGCCUCUCUUCCACAUAUAUAUAGUUCUUUAUAUUACCUUUCUAAAAAAUUAAACCCUCUGUAAUUUUCGUAAGUGUGUAUGUUUUCAAACUAUUUUAUCAAUUUCUACUCUCGCCAUGGUUCAGAGAUUUCCAAAACCAGUCGAGAUAAAAGUGUAUUUGUCCACUGUCUUUUGUCAUCCGUUUCUAUCAACACAUUUUGGUGUUAGCGUCCUAUUUUGGUGACAAUUUGGUGACAAAAUCAUGUACGUUGUGUCUUUGUUAGCUUGGCGACAUAUUUCAGCACAAAUAGUUUAUGCAAAACUUUUAUUAUUAAUUUAUUGAGUGUUUUAAGUAUAUUGAUCGUCGUAUUACUAAACCAACGAGUACAAAAUGAAUAUAGGAUUUACUUGUUAUUGUUAUUGUUAUUAUUUAUUUAAUACAAAUAGGGGAUGAUUCGAACUUUCAAUUUCCGAGUCAAUUCGUAGAGUAACUAUGUAGUCUAGUUCAUUCAUCGAGUUUUAUCGUUGUAAUUUGCUAUAUUGUCAAUUGUGACGGAAUCAGAAAUGGUAUAUGUACCUGGGUUGAAAACUAAAAAUAGGCGUCAUAAAUUAAAAUAAUGAGCUCAAAGUUAAUAAAUACAUAAGAAAUAAAGGAGGGAAGAAAAUUUAUGAAGUGUCAUUUAAACCUUGUUUAUUUCAUCUAGGUCCACCCUAGUUAAUUUUCAAGUCCUCAGUUUCAAUUUUCAAAGAUAUAGAUUUAAGUUUUUUAACAUAUAUUACAAAUAUAUAUAUAUACUCCUUCUGUUCCUAAUUGAUCUAUGUUUUAGAAUUUUCACACUUAUUAAGAAAACACUUAAAAUUUUGAUAAUAAAUGUAUUAUUUUCUGUGUUUAGCUAUUUCCUAUGACUUUUAACCAAUCAAAAUUCAGUAAACACAAUUAAUGUUUUUGAAGUUUACAAUUUGCCAUUAUUACAUACAUUGAAAAUGUAAAAUAUAGAUCUUUUAAAAAUAAAAUAUUUUUCUAAAACAUGGAUCAUUUAGGAAUAGAGAAUAACUUUUAGUUACAAGUACACCAUUUUCUAUAUUGUCUUUCCACAAUCUUAGUUAGAUUAAUAAAGUUUUAAUAAAAUUAUUAGUUUCUUUAAAAUUAAAAUUUUAUCAUUAUUAACUAGUAAUUUUUUUUUAAAAACAUUUAUUUUUCUAAAACGGAUAGAGUAUUAUUCCUACAAUAGAAC